CGCGUAGUGUGGCAGUGGUGUUUCUUUUGACUCGAAGGGGUCCCGCGUUCGUUCGUUCUGUGGAAAAGUGUGUUGUUCUCUCCGUUUUCUCUCAUUCGAACAGAUUGAGAGAAAGAUUGCAGUGUUUUCCUUUUCCGUCGAUUCGCGUUUGCAGUUUUUUUUUUCCUGUGUGGUGUCCAAGAAGAGAGCGAACCGUGAUCGUCACGAUCGCCAAGCAGCGGAACCGAAAAUGAUUGGCAGCGACUACGUGCUCGAGGCGCACAAUAUUUACCAUACGACCGAGGUCGACACCGGGGGUUGCUUCAAUGGCGGAGCCCAAUCGGCGCUGGUGCUCAAGGGAGUUCACCUCACGGUGCACAGCGGAGAAGUGAUGGCCAUCCUCGGCUCCAAGGGCAGCGGAAAGCGAGCCCUGUUGGAUGUGAUUGCUCGCCGCUCCGAGGGAUCCUCCCGGGGUCAAGUGCUGCUGAAUGGAUCCCCGCUGACGAAGUCGCUGUUUCAGCAACGCUGUGGCUAUGUGACCCAUUCGUGCGAUUUUAUUCCUGGCCUGACGGUGUCGCAAACCCUGAAUUAUACUCCGACGAUUCUGGGAGGCUACCUGAAGAGCUCGAAGGUUCGGCAGGUGUUGGCGGAUUUGGCGCUGUCUCAGGUGUCGCACAAGAAAGUGGAGAAUCUGAAUAUUAGUGAGAAGAGGCGGCUGGCCAUCGGAGUGCAACUUGUGAGGGAUCCUGUUAUGCUGUUACUGGAUGAACCGACACAAGGGUUGGAUCCGUUGAGUGCCUAUCUGCUGAUUAGCAUUUUGUCGAACUCGGCGAAGAAGACCGGAUGUGGAAUACUGCUGUCGAUGGAGAAGCCUCGGUCGGAUGUAUUCCCGUUUUUGGAUAGGGCGCUGUUCCUGUGCUUGGGAGGAGCCGUCUAUUCCGGAGGAACUCGAGCAAUGUUGGAGUACUUCCACGGAAUUGGAUUUCCGUGUCCACAACUGGAGAACCCGCUGAUGUACUAUCUGUGCUUGUCGACCGUUGAUCGCAGAUCCCGCGAUCGAUUCCUGGAGUCCAGUCAGCAGAUCGAAGCCUUGGUGGAACGCUUCGCCCGUGAAUCGCCCAUCCCGGAGGCACCGAUCAAUCCCAUCGGCAGCGGAAAGAUCCCCCUGGCGUAUGGUAAACCCGGUGAACUCAAAGUAUGGGGAAUCCUAUAUCUACGGCUGCUAGCGGCGACCUUCUCCUGUGGCUAUGCCGGUAUGAAGGCUAUGUUCCUGCGACUGUUGGCCCUGCCGGUGGUCAUGGGACUUAUGUGGCUAUUCUAUAGCGAGGCCGGAGACGAUGCACAUGGUUUCUUCAGCAAGAGCGGUAUGAUCUUGUCGAUUCUUGGGCUGAGUUACGGCGUCGGCAUUUGGACUACGAUUUCGUUGUUCCCAGCGUGGCGUAAGCGAUUCUGCCAGGAAUACUCCGAAGGAAUGUACACCGGAGCAACGCUGCUGGUGGCCUACAAUGCCGUGUCAAUGCCGUUCUCCUUCAUUUCCGCUGCCGUUGCCUCCUGCGUGCUGUAUCCACUGGUGCUAAACCCGACCAAUCCAGAUGGUCUCACCUUUAUGUACAUCCUGAUUGCCCUGUGGUCCAGUUUCAUCCUAGCCGAACAGUUGAGCAUCGCCUUCCUGUUGGUGGUCAAGUCCCAAAUCAAUGCCGCCAUUGCCGUUUCGUACAUCUUGGUCAUCUGCUUGACCCUCGCUAGUGGAACUGUGCGUUCCCACAAAGGCCUAUCGCCCUGGUUGCAGGAGAACGCCAAGGGAGUGCACACCAAGUAUGCGAGCUCCCUGCUUCAUACGACCAUCUUUCACGCCCGGCAGAUGGAAUGCAACGCCGGAGCCGGUGUGGUAUGUCCCCAGCCGGCUGAGUAUCUACUGGACCGGAUUGGGAAGGCACAUCCUCAGGAAACGACGGAUAUGGCGGCUUGCAUCGCCUUUGCUCUGGGCCUGUGCGCGUUCAACAUGUUUCUCUAUCUGCUUCCGAUGCCCCGGUGCGUUCGAAGGAAGUUUCGAGACUGAGAGAUGAACGUGCCUACCGAAAGGUCGAUAAUUUAUUCAAUAGCAUAUUUCGGUGUCGUUCAGAUGAUACAGAUUUAUUUUUAAAGUAAAAUAAAUAUAA